AUGGAGACCCAAUCGGAAGGCGGAGGAGGCCAAUCCAUGGCCAGCAUCCGAACCAUGGCUCAACAGCUCGAAGCUCGAAUAGAGUCUCAACGCACCACCCAGCUCGAACUCCUCUCUUACCUCCAAUCCCAAAUCGGCCCCACCAUCGUCCCCACCAUUGAUCUCUCUCUCAAGGUUCUCUCCGCCUUCAACGACCGCCCUUUUACUCCCACGCCUCCUCUUCCCGUCCCCAAACCAAACCCCAGAAAGCCGAUCGAACCCACUCUCCCUUCGACCCCAGAACCCCACCGCAGCCGCCUCCCGUCCCCUGAGCCGAAACCCACUAACCCAAUUGACCAAAGCCCGAAGCUUUCUUUGAAACCGGAGAAUUCGGAGCCGACCCCCCAAGCAGAACCGGAGAAAUUCAGCCCCAUUGAUGAGAUGGGGAACCCGUUAUCUCUGGUUCGGGCUAUGGUGGCGGUUUGCUUACUUGAAAUAGUGCCCUUUUCGCGAAUUGACUCGUCAGCAGUGUUGAGGAAGCUUGAGGGCGACCAGAAAGCGACUGAGGAGGAGAAGGCAGCCUUGCGCGAGAUGGGAGGAGAGUCCGGGGCGAUAUUGGCGGUGGAGAUGGCGUUGAGGUCAAUGGCGGAGGAGAACGGCGGUGUGGAGUUGGAGUUUGUGGUGGGUGGUAAGUCGAGGGUUGUCGUUUUGGGGAUUGACCGGACUCGGCUGAUGAAGGAAUUGCCAGAAAGCAAGCAGUUUCAUAGCCGAGAUUUGAAUUCAGGAGUUGAGAAUGGGAGUUUGAGUCAGAAUCAGCAGCAAGUGGUGACUAGCGGCAGCGAUGGUAAUGGAGGUGGAGUGUUUGGGAUGGGAGGCCCUAGUUCAAGGCCAAUGCAGGACAUGUGGAUGAACCCUAAUGAUGCUCAUAUGGCCAGUUUUCCGCCUAUGUUCCCUGGGAGUGGACAGCCGGGUUCAUUUAUGGGUCCAAGGGGUGCUCCUAAUCCUAGAGUUAUGGGCAUGAUGGGAAUGCCUAGAGGGAUGGGUGGUGUUCCUCCAAUGCAUAGAGGUAAUAGUAUGGGGCCAAAUGCAACAAUGGAUAGCCCCAAUUCGAUGUUACAUAAGCCGCGGAGUGAAGAGGAGGAACUGAAGGAUGUUGAGGCACUGUUGAAUAAGAAGACUUUUAGGGAGUUGCAGAAGUCAAAAACUGGUGAAGAGAUUUUGGACCUCAUUCACCGGCCAACUGCGAAGGAGACUGCUGUAGCUGCCAAGUUCAAAACUAAAGGUGGUUCACAGUUGAAGGAAUACUGCUCAUCCUUAACAAAAGAGGACUGCUGUCGUCAGUCUAAUUCCAUGCAUGCAUGUGAGAAGGUUCAUUUUAGGCGAAUAAUCGCUCUACAUACCGAUGUCAAUUUAGGAGACUGUUCUUUUCUAGAUACUUGUCGUCACAUGAAGACAUGCAAGUAUGUCCACUAUGAGCUUGAUCCAACACCUGAUGUGUCACACAUGAUGAUGGGGCCUCCAGCACUCGCUCCACCUAGACAAUUAAGGCCUCAACGUGCUGAAUACUGUUCUGAGGUUGAACUUGGUCAACCACAGUGGAUUAACUGUGAUAUACGCAACUUUAGAAUGGACAUUCUAGGGCAAUUUGGAGUGAUAAUGGCAGAUCCACCAUGGGACAUUCAUAUGGAAUUGCCUUAUGGGACAAUGGCUGAUGAUGAAAUGCGCAAUCUUAAUGUUCCGGCAUUGCAGACUGAUGGUCUAAUUUUCCUUUGGGUCACUGGACGUGCAAUGGAGCUUGGGCGUGAAUGUUUAGAAUUUUGGGGAUACAAGCGUAUCGAGGAGAUAAUUUGGGUAAAGACUAAUCAACUUCAACGAAUAAUUAGAACAGGGCGGACUGGCCACUGGCUUAAUCAUAGCAAGGAGCAUUGUCUUGUUGGAAUAAAGGGGGAACCAUUAGUAAAUAGAAAUAUUGAUACUGAUGUCAUUGUUGCUGAGGUCAGAGAGACAAGCCGCAAGCCAGAUGAGAUGUACCCUUUGUUGGAGAGGGUAAGUCCAAGGACAAGAAAACUGGAACUGUUUGCUCGCAUGCACAAUACUCAUGCAGGGUGGAUGUCACUAGGUAAUCAACUGAGUGGUGUACGAUUGGUUGAUGAAGGCCUGCGUGCACGAUUCAAGGCUGCUUAUCCAGAUGUGGAGGUGCAGCCCGCUUCCCCACCCAGACCAUCUGCUAUGGAAGUCGACUCUACUGCUGCCCAAAUGCGGAGUCCAUUUUCAGAAACUGCAGCUCCGGAGGCCCCCUAUGCUGCUUCUGAAGUUAAGCCUUCACCAAUGGAUGUUGAAAUGGUCGGUUAAUUAACCGUUAGAUUCAUCGCAGUUACUCAACCGAAACAGCACUCCGUUGUCUGGUACAUUUGUACUGAGAUGUUGAGAGGAAGUCCUGCCCGGCCCUUGCCCGGAUUACGAUAGUAAUGUAAUGAGCUUGAAAGGGACUCCAUGAUCGUCAUCGAUUCUGUCAGAUGUGUUCACCUCUUCUUAGUUAAGAAAAAACAGUGGUAUAACGAGGGUUUAAUAGUGUACUUCUGUGCCAUAUAGAAUCGAGCAUGCUAUGUUUUACAGUUACUGCAAACAUAUUUAUUUUCGGCCUUCAAGGAGCCCUAUGAGGUGAAAAUCUCAUUUACAGUUCA